AAUAACAAAUUGUUAACGUUAAAUAAACUCGAUUGACAACACCUGUGCAAUUUGAAUUGAUUUUGAUCAUUUUAAAUCAAUCGUCAGUUUAUUUCCUGCACUGUUAUUGAACGCGUAUACUGUAAACGCAUCUAUUUUUAGUGAGUUUUUUGUGCUAAUUUUGAAUGAGGACACGAGUGAAUUUAUCUUAUCUUACCGCACUGAACUUAGGUAAAGCCGCUGUGUCAACAUUUUUAUUUACCAGGUAUCUUGGCUCUUACCUCUUAGUGCCGCAUUCGCAAAUUAGGUGUAACCAGAUCGCGAGUCUUUUGUGGCGUGAAACGAGGAAGGGGUAGAUAAACCGACAAAAUGGCGGCGUUCGUGGCGAAACAAAUGGUCGGAAACAAACUUAACGCAGUGAAAGGCGCGGUCGGAGGUGACGAUGAUUCCGAUGACAAGGAGAAAGAGGAGGAGGCCGAAAGAGAGCGGCUGGAGGCGAUACGCGAAGCUGAGGAGCGAAGAAAGGAAAAACACAGAAAGAUGGAGGAGGAAAGGGAAAAAAUGCGACAAGAAAUCAGAGAUAAGUACAAUAUAAAGAAGAAGGAGGAGGUAGUCGAUUCCGUUCAGGAGGAACCAAACCCUUUAAUGCGUAAGAAAAAGACCCCCGAAGAAUUGGCGAGGGAAGCGGAAUUGGAGGACGAGGACGAAUUCACGAAGUUGAAGAACACGAUAGAGACACAAGUAAAUGAACUCAAGUCUCAAAUAGAGAGUAAAUGUGUGAUGCAAUGAAUUUGGAGACAUCCACGAGGCAAUUUCUGCGCGGCCUCUGUAGAUCCGCUAACAGCUCAGAAAAUGUACCUACAUCUGCUUUAGAUAAAAACACGAAAAAUUAGUUUUUAGGAUUAAAUCCAAUUGUUAGAUAGAUGCAAACCUGUGAUCGAACAGUAUCGUUUGAAAAUAAUAAGCAAUGGUAAUUAGUUUAAUUUGAACCUUUUUUUACUAAUGUUGAGAGAAAAAAAAACGUAGUUUCAUAAAGUAGACAUUGUCGCGCAGCAAACUGCCACACAUUAAAAAGAGACUGCGAUAUUUAAACAAUUAACAAAUAACAAAAAUAUUAUGAUGACGUGGUACACCGAUACGCAUUGUCAUAAUACUUUUGUCGUAAUGUUACUAAAUUGUUACCAAGUUAUGUAGAUAGAGAUAGUGUUACCUAUUUUUUGUAACAAAUCUACCAAGUGUGUGCGUACCUUUCGUUUCGUGAUAACGCAUGUAGUUUGAUAUUGAAGGAUGUUUGAGGCUUUAUUCACAUUUUCCUUCACUGCCCCGAUGCUCUUCACUUUCCAACACACUGUGAUCGGUCAUCAUCCAAAUUCCUAAAGACGCCUUUGAUGUUUGCCACUUUUCGAUGCUACCGAUGCCUGCAAGGAAACGUGCGAGUACUAGCAUCGAAGGGUGGAUUUUAUUAAUUUUAGUUGUGCUUCACGACUCACCACCGCUUCCGUUUAGUUUCUGGUAGAGAACCUGACCAUCGAGCAUUUUUGAAAUUAUGCCAGAAGGCUUUUUGUGUCGGUGUUGCAUGUCAUUUCUCAAUUGUUCGUUGUUCAUUGUUGUUGUCUCUGUCUCUUUGUGGAUAUCUUCUACAUUAAUAUCCUAGUCCCACUACGACCAAGAUUUAUAACACCAGAACGUAUUUCUUCAAUGUAAAACAUUAAAUAGUUGUUAUGUUUUGCUAUCAAAGUUUGCUGUGUGCUUUUAGAUUAAAAGUUAUCUACCAAUGAUCAAUGGGAUCAGUCAGUCCUAAACACAUAUACACACACCAUCAACAUGCAAUCUAAAGCAAUAAUCGAUGGGUUUUUGACGUGUCUCGAGUUCUUUUUCUCUAUAUGUUUGCUUUGACAUCCACUGACUGAGCUUGAUGUUGCUUUUUGUACAAACGUCACUAUGAUUUUAACGCACUUUGUAAAAACUGCACUGCAAAUAUAUGAGUUUUUUAAUGAAUCUACACCUACCUUCCAGUUGUCUGUGUCAAUUAUACCUAUAUAUCAUCGUAUCUUUCUCUUACUCUUUGUAGUUUUGACUUAAUCGUGUAUCUAUAUCUGUCUUUGUAGCUGAUGAUAGUGGUUGCAUCUUUGUAAACUAUAGUGUAAUAGACUGUGUUGAUGUGUGUAUAUUUAUAGGUGUCGUUGCUCAAGUGUAUUUUAAAUAUUUAAAUGUCUUUUUGGCAAAACGCAAUGUUUAAUGUGGAAUUUGGGUGAAAUCAUCAUAUUUUCUGUACGUGUACGUAUCUUUUGCUUCCGAUGAAAAAGGAAACAAGCAAAUUAUUGCAGGAAACACGGUAGUGUAUUUUUUAGCUACUAAAUUGUUAACCGGUUGUCAAGGUGAUUUAACAUUUGGGUGGUAUUGUUAAACAGUAAUCCCAAAUCAUUGUUCCUAACUUAACCUGUUGUUGUAAUUUCACUGUAGAGAAAAACAUCGUAAGCAAUCGUAGUAUGACUAGCGUAGUGUGUGAUAUAUUAUUAUAUGUUUGAACUGUGUUAUUACCUACUGUACUUAAAACAAAAUAUAAGUUAUACCGAACCGAGGUUCAAUUGGGACUAUAUCAAUGGCGUUAACCCGCACAAUGCUAAAGUCACAAUCAAAACCGAGGUUCAAAAAAAGAUCGCUUACGCCGAAUUCCGAACUCAAACCUUUUCCAGCGUGUUGCGUUUGGAAUAUCUAAAUCUUGGAGACAACGACACAUAUAUAACCUAGUUAUAGUAGCGCAUUUAAUACUAGAUAUAGCUAUUAAUCUGAAUUGAUCAAUUUAUUAAGAAAAAAAUGCAUUGCAAAAUUUCGACCAAAUUUUCCACUGCAUCGAAUUUUACUUUGUAAAAUUUCCGACUUGAAAUUUUACAAACCUAAAAUAAUGCUUCUGCUUCAAAAUGUUGAAGUAGUGAUAAAUUUUUUGCUGAAAAAACACUUAAAAAUCGUUAAACUAUAUGAAAAAAUGAUCAAUGUUGUAUUGUUAUAACAAUUGAUAAUAUUCACAAUAUAAAAUUAUUAUUAUUACCUAUUGUAGAUAUUGUUGUUAAUUCGAUUAUUCAGUUUGUUUUUCGUAAGUAUUUGUAAUGGAAUUGUGGGAUGGAAGCUUUUGGGGAAAUAAAUUUAGUUAAUAAUAUUAACGUAAUUUUUUUACAUCUCCCGCAAUUUUUGUCAUUAUGGUAAUACUUAUUGAGAACAAGUAGCAGCCUUUUGUAUUUAUAUAUUUACUUAUAGUAAUUGUUUAAAAUGCAAUGAGACAACCACGUUUAGUAGUUGCCAGAGUACCUUUAGUUAGAUAAGGCUGUUCACGUUGUUAAAUAAUACCUAUUAAAAGUGAGGUAAGGAUAUGUCUAACCUGAUGAAUGUGUAGUUGUAUGACCAUCCACGACGUUAUUCACAUCUAUAGAAAAGAAUGCAAAUAAAUAAAUGAUUAUGGUUUUU